AUUUUUCAAAAUUUCGCAGAAAAACAAAAAAUUCAAAAAUUCAAAAGUGAAAUAAAUUCGUGAUUUUGAUAAAACGUUCACGAUUUAAUCAAUUUUUCAAUAAUUAUUUCAAAGUAAUGUGAUUAUUUACCAUCCAAAUCAGUUAAAUCCAUCUGCAGAUAUCUCAUGAUCUGUAACUGAACGGUAAGAUCUCAUCCUGCAUCAUGUUACCGCGAAAUAUCAAUCGUCAAAAUUCAUCGCCGCAGUUAUCACGUCCCAGAAUGAAAGGAAAAACACCAGCCGCAGCCGGACGAUCGAAAACACCGCCACCGAAAUUCGCCACUCCUUUGGUACCAGCUGCUGGAAGCGACGAACCUCCAAGAUCGUUCACUUUACCUAGAAAUCCAUCGAAAAAACGAACUUCAUCUCCUGAACGUUCCACUUCCACUUCCAGUAAAUCAACGUCGGCGUCGUCGAAAUAUUGCAUCAAAGAGGUUACGAUGGAUACGAAAUACAAUCUGUACUGUCAAGCUAAUCUAAUAGCUUUGCAUUCGAAAUCGGUGCGAGAACGGAAUGAAAACAAAAUGAUCCAGGAAAUGGUCAAAUUGGAAACUAAUUUACUCGAUAUGGAUGAAAAAAUGUCCGCUUUGGAUACAAAUUUAGAGAAAAAACAAUUCUAUGAAAAAGCUCGGUUCAAUUUGCAAGAAGAAAUCAGAAGCUAUGAAAGAAUUAUUAAUGAAAUUGAUGAAGAUAAACUCGACGAAUACAUUCGUGUUUUAGAGCAAGAUCUGGGAAAUGUGCAAUUGAAAAACUUUGAUUUACCUAAAAGUGAAGAAGAAGCGAAAGAAAUAUUGGAAUCUUUGCAAGAAAUAGAUAAGAACUUGGAUCAGAUUUCCGAAGUGGAGAAGAAAGUAUUGCCUUUUACUCAGCUGCAUUCCUCUUGGUUGGAAGUUAAACGAAAUGUUCAGAAAGAAAAGGAACUAGAGAGCACAUGCGAAAAAGAUUUGAAAUUGGCGGAAAAAUUAGUUUACGAUCUGUGCUUCGAAAAAUCCGUAGAAUUCCAGAAUAUUUCUAAGGCCGCGUAGUAAAAGUAAUUCUAAGGUAUUUUACACUUUCUCUCUUUGCUACCUUUUGCUGUUAUAUGUUGUGAUCUUUUGUAAUUUUGUAAGAUGGUUUAUUCUAAGAAAAUUUUAUUACGAUGUACAUAUUUGAAACAUUGAACAUUUUUAAUGCUCAAGUAAAUUUCAGUCUUUUAAGACAUUAUUUUAUGUUACAUACAAUAUUCGAGACCAA